AUGUUGGAAAGCAAGAGUAAUGUCGUAUAUGACCACCCAUCCAAAACUUUCAUUGGCGUCCGCUUUGUUCUCCUUGGAUUCGAUCCCAUCCUCAAAGACAAGGAUGAUCCUAUGUGUGUUGCUGCUCGAAGUGAUGGAAAGACACUGGUCACUAGCUUAUGGGUUGACCAUAGUUUUGAUGCUGGAAUGCCUGUUGAUCCCAACCAUGUCAUGUACAGACCUUUAAGAGAUUUGAAUGGAAUUCCAGGUGCCAAAACUUUAAUUGUUUGCUUGACUGGGUACCAGAGGCAUGAUCGAGAUGAUAUUAUGACAAUGGUUGGCUUGAUGGGUGCAAACUUUUCAAAGCCACUGGUUGCAAACAAAAUUACUCAUCUUAUAUGCUACAAAUUUGAGGGGGAGAAGUAUGAGCUUGCCAAGAAAAUCAAGAAGAUAAAGCUUGUCAACCAUAGAUGGUUGGAGGACUGUUUAAGGACCUGGGAAAUUCUUCCAGAAGCUAAUUAUGAUAAGAGUGGAUAUGAGAUGGAGAUGAUGGAGGCUGAAGCAAAGGAUUCAGACGAAGAAGCAGAAGAAAUAGCUACAAAGCAAUAUGAACAAAGAAACGUAUUGGCUAGUCCGCAAAAUUUGCAAAUGGGAAUGAAAAGUCCUCAUAACUCUGUCAUAUCAAAGCAAGAAGUAUCAAAAAACUUGUUAACUUCAAGUCCAUCUCAAGGCUUCUCUAAUGUUGGCCACACUUGUGACAUCGUGUCAGGCAUUGGAAAAGAGACCAAAUCUGAUGAAGCCUCAUAUUUGUAUGAAAUUCAUAAUAAGCAUUCUGAGGUACUUGUAUCUCUUGAUGUUAGAACUCCUAGGGGUGUUUCUUGUAUUAAGCCAUCAGAUCCAUGUGAUGCAAUACUAAUUUCUCCAAAAUCUGGAAAUGGCUUCGCUUCUACUCCUGGAAGUGCUGAGAAAUCUGAUGCAGCAAAGUUAAGUGCCAUAAGUUACUCGAGGAAAACCCCAAGAACAACCACUCCUUCAAUGUUCCCAGGAGACAAGGUGAAAAAUAUGUCCAGCGCAUGUGCACUAAACACUGGUAAACUUGAUGUUAGUGAGAGUCUUAAUAUCUCUUCCUCUGUGACUGAACAAGAUGGAAUUAUUCUUGGUUGUGCCGAAAUUCCUUUAGGGGAAACUGAGUUACAUGCCAAAGAGGGACACAGUGGUACAUUGCCAGAGAAGAGGAAGAUAAAUGUUUCCGAUUGUAGUUCCAAAUCACAAAAGAUAAUUCAUAAUCCAGCACACUUCUCAGAACAUUCAUUACUGGUGAAUAGAAGUGGAGGUUUGGGAGCCGCAUCGUUACCAGAUGGUACACUUGAAGCAACUAAUCAUCUUUUCCUUGGUGAUAAUGCCCAUUGUAUGGACGAGAUUGCUGCUUUGAAUCCUUCGAAAGAUUCUCCUAACAUUUCACGACAGACAUCCGUAAGUUUUUAUCGAAAGCUGGGGACAUGUGAUAGGCCUAUCUCAAAUACCGUUUCCUCAGAGAUGAGGAAAGAUGGCAGUGGGAAGGAGGUACCUCAAGGAUUUAUUAUGGAAUCAAAAGAGACCAUAUUGGACUGUAAGCCUGGCAGUAAAGAUGCUGGUGUGAGUGGAGUAGAACAUUUUGGAGGUGAAGUUGGGUUGUCCCAGAAGGAACUGCAAGAUAUUGAAGUCUCAUCACCUAUAACUGAAAGAUUAGAGAUCAGAAAAUCCAACAGUCCUGCUAAUCUGGAUUUGCUUAAAGGAGGAAAUGAUUCCCAUUCAAAAACAUAUAGGAAGAAGAUGAUUGCCAAAAAGAGAUUGGGCUCUAAGCCAAAUUCAGGUACAGGGUGCACAGCAAAUCAGAAAGGUUCUAUAUAUCUUAAUAAAACUGCCCGGACAAAUGAUGUUGAAGUCUCCUCAGCUGAAGAGAAAGUGACAGCAGAGUCUAUUCGUUCAGAGAAGUUUGAGAUGGACCAUCCAAGUGUUAAUGUUGUCACGGCCAUAGAUAUUGAGGCUACUUGUUUUCCAAAAUAUGGAAAUGAAGCCACGAUUGAAGCUUUAUUCAUGGAUGAUGAGACUGAGGCUCCAGAGGACAAGGAAGAAAAGGAGUCUAAGGCAGCAGAAUGUGAAGGGAAGUCUGGAAGAGUCGAACCAGUACAUGAAGUACAUAUGGACACAGAAGAGAAGUCAGAAGGUGUGCAUAACAGUUUGGGUAUGUAUGACCAUGGACUGGCAUCUGGCAAAAACCAAAAGGAAAUCGAAACUGAAAAUCUUGCUUGUAGUAAGAAAACUGACCUGAGUGAGCCAACUGAUAUGGAGAAUGCUGGGAAGGAAAAGGUAACUAGAGGGAAAAAAGGCCCGUUCAGUAAAACUAAGAAAAAGAUUCUUCCUACUGUCAGAAAAGUGACAAAUUCUAAUGAAUGUAACGACGGGGAGGGGGCCAAACAUGAAAAGAAUAAUAAGAAGACAGUAACAGAGAAAGUGAGCAUGCCGUAUGCAGCAUGUGAAUCUAAAAGAGCUGUGCCUGCAAAUAAGUCAGAGGACUCUAAUGCAGCAGAGAAGGAGAACAGGCCAACCGGUGUUGGAGAUCAUUUGGGGAGUCAUGGCAAACAGCGGGCUGGAAAAGUGCCUUCAAAAUCUAAGAUGUCUCUGAAGAACGAUAUAAAGGUUGGUGGGAUGGACUUGGGUUCAGUGCAAAUGGGACGGACCACAGAAGUGAAAAAAGAAUCUGCAUGGUUUAUAUUGAGUGGGCAUAAACUACAAAGAAAGGAGUUCCAGCAGGUUAUUAAGCGCUUGAAAGGAAGGGUAUGCAGAGAUUCUCACCAAUGGUCUUAUCAGGCAACACACUUCAUUGUUCCAGAUCCCAUACGCAGAACUGAAAAGUUAUUUGCUGCUGCUGCAGCUGGAAGGUGGAUUCUGAAGACUGACUAUUUGGCCGCUAGCAACCAGGCUGGAAGAUUCUUGGCAGAGGAGCCUUAUGAAUGGCAUAAGAAUGGCCUAAGCGAAGAUGGUGCAAUCAACUUACAGGCUCCAAGGAAGUGGCGCCUUUUGAGAGAGAAAACAGGUCAUGGUGCAUUCUAUGGAAUGCGCAUUAUCAUAUAUGGAGAUUGCAUUGCCCCUCCUCUGGAUACUUUAAAGCGUGUUCUGAAAGCUGGAGAUGGGACAAUCUUAGCAACAUCACCCCCUUACACCCGGUUUCUUGAGUUGAGGGUUGACUUUGCCAUUGUCAGUCCUGGCAUGCCACGUGUUGAUAUAUGGGUCCAAGAGUUCUUAAGAAAUGAAAUACCUUGUGUUUUAGCUGAUUAUUUGGUGGAAUAUGUCUGCAAGCCUGGCUACUCCCUUGAUAGACAUGUGCAAUACAAUACUCAUGCUUGGGCAGAGAAAUCCUUUAAGGACCAGGUAAAUCGAUUGGAAGAAGUUGUUGAUGACUUGACACCAUCAGAAGAUCAUGUUGAUAACGAUCUACCAUGUCAAGUUUGUGGGUCUUGUGACAGAGGAGAGGUAAUGCUGAUCUGUGGUGAUGAAAGCGGCUCCAGUGGCUGUGGUGUUGGUACCCAUAUUGAUUGCUGUGAUCCUCCCCUUGAGGCUGUUCCAGAGGAAGAUUGGUGUUGUCCAAAGUGUAGUACGAGCAAAAACAGCAAGAACCCUUCAAAAAGUACCAAGAAAGGGAGCUCUUUAUCAAAAAAGAAGUAA